CCACCGACUCCCGCCACACGCUCGGCGGUGACGGUCAGUCGGUCGAUCGUACGCGACACACGAGGGUUGUGAGGAGUCGCGAGGAGCCGCGAGGAUUCGCGAGAGGCACACGGCCGUGCACGCGACGAGGACGGAGAAACGAGGAGGACUCGUGACAAAAACGUCUAAAUAUAAAAGUCAUUGACGAAAACGCACCGACCGAAGAGGACGAGGAGAAUCCAUCGGAUUUUCCGUCGUCGUCAUCGUCGUCGUCGUCAUUGUCGUUGUUGGCGAUUGCUGACGUUUAAGACGAAAUCAAGUCGAUCUCGCCUCUCAAUCGAGAGCGCUGAGAGAUCGAUCCUCGCACACGAGGACGGCAACUGUCAAAAGUGUGAAGUCAGGAGCGAAGGAGAACGAGAUAUGGUGUACGGGGGAGGAUUCGACAUGGAGACGAUGCCGCAGACGGUGCCCACCGCGGCCGGCUACUCGCCGUCGUUCGACUACAGCACUUUUCAGUUCGAUCUGUCCCUCCUGCCGGACGAUUACAGCCCGGCCGGCGGCCAGGCCUGCCUGAAGAGCUCGCAGAUCAAGCAGGAAGCACGAUCGCCGCGCCCGGGAUCGCCCACGAUUUACCAGAGCCCGCCGUAUCCAAAUGGCGAGUUGCCGUUGUCGCCUAACUACUCGCACGAGGGAUCCUCGCCGGGAUACCCAACGAGCCCUUAUUACGUGCCCAGAAGUCCUCAGAGCGCCCAGUUUUAUCCCACCAGCCCAGAACCGUCGGCUAAGCAGCCGGUCAAGAGGGAGAAGAGUCUCGAUCUUUUGGCUAUCCUUCAGGAAUCCAGACUCUUAGCCGAGAGUCUGGGUUAUCGUGAAGACUCAACCGACUGCACGGUACCCUGCACCCCUCCUCGAAGUGAGGAGGAUAUCUACAAUAGUCUGGACGCGGACUUCCUGCCAAAGAAGGAGGACACGGACAUGCAAGGACAUCCGUUGCUCAAAGAGAUUCUCUUUAAGGAGGAGCCACGAUCUGUUUCUAGCAGCAACGGUUCGUCACCGUCCUCCUUGUCCUCCUCUUCAUCUUCACCCAGUCCUUCCAGCGAGUUCGAGGGUGGUUCGGCAUUGCACGAACUGCUCUUUAAGGGUACCGCUCUUCGCAAGGACCUGCCGGAGAUUUCCAAGACGAGUCAGCCCAAGGUGGAACGAGGUGGAGGCUCGCAGGAGGAGCUGGCGAAUCCUCUGCAAAAAGAGGAGGAACUCUUCAAGGACGGCCAGAAGAGCGAUCAUCAGUUGCUGCGAGAGGUGCUGAGAGACACCAGCUUUCAGAGGAAGUACAAUCUCAGACCCGUUGAUCUCGGCGGCGUCGGCACCGGCUUCGUCGAGGACAUGGAAGCCGGGGAAUGCGUAGGCGACCUCGCCCGUGAACAGCUCGAGCCGGUCCUCAGUUUGGCUAUUCAGCAACUGCAGAAGGACUUUGACAAUACCUGCGUGGCGCUCGGCAUUCACCCAGAACCCAGACGCUGGAGCGCGGCGGAUGUGGCUGCCUGGGUGCAGUGGGCGAGACGGCAACUGCAAUUGCCCUCGGUACCGAUGGAGAGCUUCAACGUGGAUGGCGCAACGCUGGCCUCCCUCACAGAGGAAGAAUUCUGUCAGAGAGCUCCCCAGUGCGGGAGUAUGCUGCACGCGCAGUUGGAGAUUUGGAAGGCCGCCGUUGAGGAGUCGCCACGAAAUACCCUGGCUGCUUCCUGGAGUCCCGCGGGGGUAGUUCAAUCUCCGAGCAGCGCUGUGACUCCGACCGUCGGAAAUACAACGGUAUCCAACCUCAAGGAAUCCCCCUGCACCGUAGAUUUCUCAGACGACGAGGACGAGGAUUGCGCUUCCGUUCAAGGCAACAAUAACGGCAACGGCGGCAGCGGCGGCGGCGGCAAGAUGCGCAACGGCGGCAGCCACAUCCACCUCUGGCAGUUCCUGAAGGAGCUGCUGCAAAGUCCGGGCGUCCAUGGCUCCUGCAUACGCUGGCUGGACCGCAGCAAGGGAGUCUUCAAGAUCGAGGAUUCGGUGCGCGUGGCACGGCUCUGGGGUAAGCGGAAGAAUCGCCCCGCGAUGAACUAUGACAAGCUCAGCCGCAGCAUCCGGCAGUACUACAAGAAGGGCAUCAUGAAGAAGACGGAGCGCAGCCAGAGACUGGUGUAUCAGUUCUGCCAUCCUUAUUGCCUGUAAAGAGGAUCUCUCCUUUCGCCCUUCCCCUUCCCUACCAUGCGUUUUCUUCCUCGUACGAGCGAGCCCUUUUAAUCUCUCUUCCUUUGUGCGCGCAGGCAGCCGCGAUCUGGAGCGGGUGAACCUCAAGGAAGAGCCCAACACCGAGAUCGAAAGGUAAAAGAAAAAAGAAAAAAAGAUAAAGAAAAAAGAAAUUAUGAUCCACCAUGCUCGAUAUUAUUCCGCGACGAUAACGCCGAGCCAUGACUGGGUCUGCUUAGUACGCCCAUUUUGGGCGAUCAUUUUCGCCUUGCAUUUACUCCCUUCCCUCUCUUCCUCCUUCCCCGCUUCCUUUUCCAUCUCCCUCCCGUGUGUGUUUUUGAAUUUUUUUUUUUAUAAUAAUAAGCACGCAAUUUUUCAUCGGGUCGCUCCUUCGUUUCGACAAAACCCCUCGUCACGAGGCGAAGAUGCGAGCGGAUGGAGAUUCGUCAGAGAAAAAAAAA